UUGUAGCCGUCGCGUGUCCACUGCUAGUGCAUCGACGGCCUGUCCUGCCACCAUCAUCUGCUAACCUGCACAGCAAAGCACCAGCACUGAUCCUAUCUCAUCCUCAGAUUACGUAAUCCACCGACGCUCCCGAAUCUCUUGCUUCGAUCAGCUAGCUUAGAACAAGUAACAAGUGGGCACUGUCCACACUCUCUCAAAUACAAUAUGGUUUCUUGUACAAUGUAACCCGCGAUACCUUGAGUCGUUCAAGAUGCUGAGCUUGUCCACCAUUACAAUUUACGUGUUGCACCCAUAAUUUUCACUACACAAAUGCGUCCCGUUUCGCACGGCGUACUCGGUCGGUGCCUGGAGACAAACGCUCACCGUGUAGGCGAGGCAGUUGGUCGCGCAAGUCGAAAAGUUCGCAUAGACAUACGCGCGCGCAUCAUCGGCACACAUCCAUCAACGCGAACACCACAUCCCGAGCCUUCACCCCCGUUAAGGACUUCCCAACGAAUCACAACAUAACCGCACUUCCGGGGGUGCACAUGCUACGCCGUUCAAGCGCGUCGGUGCGACGGUCGCAGGGUGGAUAAGCGUCGCGUUUCGUCGUCUGCC